AUGCCGAACUCGAAGCUUGUACUUUAUUCUUAUUGGCGAAGUUCGUGUGCAUGGCGUGUUCGGAUAGCUCUUAAUCUCAAGAACGUUGAAUACGAAUACAGAAGUGUCAACUUACUGUCUGCUGAUGAUAACGAAUUUGUAAAAGUAAAUCCUACAAGAAAAGUACCGGCUCUUGUGGUUGAUGAUAAACAUCUCACUGAGAGUUUGGCGAUAAUGGAAUACCUGGAGGAGGCGUAUCCAGAUCGUUUCCCACUUCUACCAAAAGAUCCUAUUCAGAGAGCACAGUCACGGGCUAUCGCUUUACAGGUUACUGCUGGUAUCCAACCAAUACAGAAUAUUCGCGUCUUGAAGUACGUAGGUGAGCAAACACCUGGUGCUGCUCCUGAGGUAUUCAACGAUAUGGUAUCACGUUGUGCCGGCGUUUAUGCCGUAGGUGACAAGGUCACGCUAGCCGAUCUUUGCAUUCCGUCGAUUAUCUAUAACGCUAAAAGGUAUACGUGGAAUGUGGAUGUUUCACAAUUCCCGAUUCUUUGCAAGAUCAAUGACACACUGGCUCAAAUUCCUGAAUUCCAAGCUGCUCAUCCAGAUAAGCAACCCGACGCGAACUUGAACGUGUAA